GCCAAUGUGCCUGUCGGGAAGCCCCGGGAACAGCACAGCCCCAGGGCACAGCACAGCCUCAGGCUCACAGCCCCGUCCCAGAGCACAGGCAGGGUGUUGGCAGCCUGCACAAGGCGGCACACAAGGAAGGGGCUGUGGGGUCCCUCGGGGAAAUGGGCUGGGUUCCCCUGUGCCCGCAGCACACUUCCCGGGUCUGGAAUGUGCUGGACUUUGCCCAGGGUGCCGUUGCGGUGAGGAGGGUUGGAUCCCUCAGCAGGGACGUGCCCAGCCAGCGGCAUCAUGGCUGUGCCUGGAUGAGCUCCCCCUGGGCUCUGCUGGCAUCUCCAUCAUGGGGCCUCCACAGCUGGGGCAAAAAGCAGUGCCAUGGCCCCACACGCAGUUGAGCCAGCCGAUUCCCGGAGCACCAGGCGCCUAUCCCACCUUUGCAUCCCAUCCACCUUGCUGUGAGUGGCAGCAGGCAUGUUCCUGCCACGCUGUGCCGGGAGACCAGGGAAUGUGGCGCCGUUGGCUCACUGGCCCAUGAGGCGCCCUUUUGUUCCACGUUGGGGCCCGCCGUGCCGCCUGGGCUCGGGGCGUGCCCAGGCUGCCGACGCCUGGCCCGCGUGGCCACUGCGGACAGGCGGGCAGCGGGGGCCUCCAGGCAGAAGGAAUCGGCAGUGACAUUCCCGUAGCCUGGAGACCGCCGUCCCUUUCAGCGGGCAGCCCAUUUGAAUAAGAAUCGUGCGCAGGGAAAAGGGGGGCCACUGGCCACCGCCAUCCCAUCGCCGCCAUCGCCCCAGCUCACUUCUGCGCACCCAGCCUGUGGGGCACUGGGUCCCACGCCACCGUCAUCCCCAGCCUCAGCCCCGCCAGUGCGCUGGAUGCCACAGGACACCAGACGGAGCCCGUGGCUGCCCAUGGACAUCCUGGUGCUCACUCUCCUCCUGGUGGGAGUGCCGGCGGCGGGGGGCUGGCAGGAGCCCGACCUGAGCCAUGGCUGUGCCCGCGGCAGCUGCUAUCCAGCCACUGGGAACCUGCUGGUGGGGCGAGCCCCCAACUUGAGUGCCACCUCCACCUGUGGGCUAGAUGGGCCCCAGGAGUAUUGCAUCGUUAGCCAUCUUCAGGACUCAGAGAAAUGCUUCACCUGCGACUCACGGGACCCGUCCCUGCCUGAGAGCCACCGUAUUGAGAAUGUCAUCUACCUGAGCGGUCCCCAUGGCCAGCGGACCUGGUGGCAGUCAGAGAAUGGCAUAGAACACGUCAGCAUCCGCCUGGAUCUGGAGGGUGAGUUCCACUUCACCCACCUCAUCAUGAAGUUCAAGACCUUCCGCCCCGCGGCCAUGCUGGUGGAGCGCUCGGCAGACUUUGGACGCAGCUGGAAGGUCUACCGCUACUUCGCCUACAACUGCUCCAAGCUCUUCCCUGGCAUCCCCAGCCAGCCCUCAGGCCUGGUGGAUGAGGUGCUGUGUGACCAGCGCUACUCCGAGAUCGAGCCCUCCAGCCACGGCGAGGUCAUCUUCAAGGUGCUGGACCCCUCCAUCCCUGUGGCAGAUCCCUACAGCCCGGACAUCCAGGACCUGCUGCGUGUCACCAACCUGCGGGUGAACCUCACCAAGCUGCACACGCUGGGGGACAACCUCCUGGACACACGGCGCGAGGUGUUGCACAAGUACUACUACGCUGUGGACGAGCUGGUGCUACGUGGGAGCUGCUUCUGCCACGGCCAUGCUGCCCACUGUGCCCCAGCACCUGGUGCCCCAACGUCCUCCAUCCCUGGCAUGAUCCAUGGGCGCUGUGUCUGUGAGCACCACACGCAGGGACUGAACUGUGAGCGCUGCCAGGACUUCUACCACGACCUGCCCUGGCGCCCAGCCGAGGGCUCCAACACCAACGCCUGCCGCCGGUGCAACUGCAAUGAGCACUCACAGCGGUGCCACUUCGACAUGGCUGUUUUCCUGGCCACGGGGAACGCCAGCGGGGCCGUGUGUGAUGACUGCCAGCACAACACCAUGGGCCGCCACUGCCAGCUCUGCAAGCCCUUCUACUACCGACACCCCCGCUCCGACAUCCGCUCGCCCACUGCCUGUGCCCCAUGUGACUGCGACCCGGCUGGCUCUCUGGAUGGAGGCGUGUGCGAUGGGCACACAGACGUGGCACUGGGCAUGAUCGCGGGGCAGUGCCGCUGCAAGGAGAAUGUAGCCGGUCCCCGCUGUGACCGCUGCCGGCACGGUGCCUAUGGCCUCAGCCACGGCGACCCGCAGGGCUGCCAGCUGUGCAGGUGUGACCCACGAGGCACGGUGGCGGGCAGCUCCCCCUGCGACCCCAUCAGCGGAGACUGCUACUGCAAACGCUUCGUGGCUGGGCGCUCCUGCAGCCAGUGUGUGCCUGAGUUCUGGGGCCUGAGCUACGACGUGGGGGGCUGCCGGCCCUGCGCUUGCGACUUCGGUGGAGCCUACAGUAACCGGUGCUCCAUGGAGGAUGGGGCUUGUCCAUGCCGUCCUCACCUCAUGGGGCGGCAGUGCGACCAGGUGCAGCCUGGCUUCUUCUGUGCCCCCCUUGACUACUACACCUACGAGGCUGAACGGGCCACCAGCCACAGCCACAGCCACCCUCAGCUCCCGGGCGCAAUCCGGGCAGAGGUGCCCCAGGACUGCCUGGACUAUGACACCAGGGAGCCCGGGGGGAGGAAGGGGCGCCUGCGGCACCAGCGCAGCCCCCCUCGCACCUCCCAGCACCGCACCCCCUCUCGCCGCAGCCGCCAGCAGCCCCCCAAGCCGGACGUGGAGGAGGUGGUGCGGGAUGGCACCGGGCGCAUGGUGACAUGGACGGGCUCAGGGUUUGCCCGGGUGCGGGAUGGAGCUGGCCUGACCUUCCACUUGGACAACAUACCCUACCCCAUGGACUACAAUUUGCUGCUGCGCUACGAGCCUGAGUCAGCCGAGGACUGGGAGGCCGUGGUCAGCGUCAGCUCCCGGGCGCUGCCCACCAGCCCUCGCUGCGGGAACCUCCUGCCCUCGGAGCAGAUGUACCGCGAGAGCCUGCCCCACAGCCAGAGGUAUGUGCUGCUGUCCCGGCCCUUCUGCUUUGAGCCCAGCACUCCCUACGAGGUGACCAUGCGGCUUCAGCGGGCUGGCACGACCCAGCGCCACCCCGGUGCCUUCAUCCUCAUUGACUCGUUGGUUCUCCUGCCACGGGUGUUGGAACUGCCGGGCUUCCAUGGAGCUGAGGGGGCAGCACGCCGGGAGGAGCUGGAGCGGUACCAGUGCCUGGAGGCAUUUCGCAUGGCCCCUCCGUCCCCCCUGGCCCAGGCCUGUGCACGGCUGGUCUGCAGCGUCUCAGCUCUGCUGCACAGCGGGGCGCUGCCCUGCCAGUGCGACCCGCAGGGCUCCCGCAGCAGCGAGUGCCAGGUGCAGGGAGGGCAGUGCGAGUGCAAGCCCCACGUCCUAGGCCGACGCUGUGACCACUGCGCCCCAGGCAGCUACGGCUUCGGGCCCCUGGGCUGCAGCCCCUGUGCCUGCUCCCCGGAGGGCUCUCUGUCACAGCUGUGCCAUGCAGUGAGCGGGCAGUGCCAGUGCCAGCCAGGCACCGUGGGCCGGCAGUGUGACGAAUGCCAGCCUGGCCAUUGGGGCUUCCCUGCCUGCCGGCCCUGCCAGUGCAACGGGCAUGCCGAGGAGUGCGACCCCCGGACGGGCAGCUGCCUGCGCUGCCGCGACCACACCGCCGGCCGGCACUGUGAGAGGUGCCAGGAUGGUUACUAUGGGGACCCCGUGCUGGGCUCAGGACAGCAGUGCCGGCCUUGCCCCUGCCCUGGCUACCCUGGCACACGGCACUACCACGGCAGUGCCUGCCAUGCCGACGAGGAGACCCACCACAUCAUCUGCCUCUGCGCACCCGGAUAUGCUGGGUCCCGCUGCGACCGCUGCUCCCCUGGCUACUUUGGGGCGCCUGAGAUGGAGGGGGGCAUGUGCCGGCCCUGCCAGUGCAACAAUAACAUCGAUGCCAGCGACCCAGGAGCCUGCGACCCUCGCAGUGGGCACUGCCUGCGCUGCCUGUACAACACUGCCGGGCCACACUGUGCCCAGUGCCAGCCCGGCUACUACGGCAAUGCCCUGCAGCGCAGCUGCCGGCGCUGCAGCUGUGACCCACGGGGAACCUUGGCCUCCCACUGCACCGCCGGCAUCUGUGACUGUGACCACAGCACGGGUGCCUGCACUUGCCGUCCUAACGUGGUGGGCAAGAGCUGCGACCGCUGCGCACCCCACUUCUGGAGCCUGGGGAUGCCAGGGGGCUGCGAGCCCUGCAGCUGCCACUCGAUGCAUGCCCUGCACCCCACCUGUGACAUGGUGACGGGCCAGUGCCAGUGCCGACCCGGCUUUGGGGGCCGUGUCUGCUCCCAGUGCCAGGAGCAUCACUGGGGAGACCCUGAGCAGGAGUGCCGAGCCUGCGAAUGCGAGCCAGUGGGUGCUGAGAGCCUGCAGUGUGAGCAGGCCAGCGGGCAGUGCCAGUGCCGGCCGGGAUUUGGCGGGCUGCGCUGUGACCGCUGCCAGCGGGGCUACCAGGACGCCUUUCCCCGCUGCUUGCCCUGCCAUCCGUGCUUCGGGCGCUGGGACCCAGCCCUGGGCAGCCUGCGGGACAGUCUGCAGCGCCUCGGGGUGCAGGUGCGGGCACUGUGGGAAGGGGGCUCUGCACCCCUGCUCAGCCCCCGCCGCCUGCGGGUGCUGGAGGAGGCCCUGGAGCGUGUGGAGCAGCUGCUGGGCAAGCAGGACAGCCUCGGCAGUCCCUUCCUCGAUGGGCUGCCAGGGCAGCUGGAUGGCACCAGGAUGGAGCUAGAUGACUUCUGGAAACAGCUCCAAGAGCUGGAGCACCAUCUAGAUCAGUUGGCCCAGGCAGAUGUGCAGCACCGCAACCAGCUAGCUGGGCUGAACAGCCAGCUAGGUGGUCUCAACCAAACCACCUCCCACCUCCAAGUCCUCCUCAGCACCGUAGCCGCAGCUGGAUUUGGGGAAUCUUACCGCAGCAUCUUGGCAUCGGUGGAGGACUCGCGGCAGGCGGAGGCGGUGGCCAACGGCACAGCCAGGGAGCUGAAUGGGGCACAGGCAAAGCGGCGGGCGACUGAGCAGGUGCUGCGACAACAGGGCGAUACUUUCCGCCGGGGUAUGGCUGCAGCACGGAAAUCCUUGCGGGAGGCACAGAAACGAGUGAUGGGACUCAGUGUUGCCGGGAUCAAUGAGAAGAUUUGUGGGGCGCCUGGGGAACGGAGCUGCGAGCAAGCACCUUGUGGAGGAGCCUUGUGCCUGGAUGGAGUGGGGAAACGGCAUUGUGGUGGCACGGGGUGCAGGGGGGCACUGCCUGUCUCAGCUCAAGCCCUGAGCAACGCCCGUAAUGCCUCACAGCAGCUGGAGGUGGCAUUGGGGCAGCUGGGUGUUGUGGCACAGAAGACGGAGGAGGUGCAGGAGCUGGCGCGGGGGGCACGGAGCCGGGCAGAAGAGGCUCUGGGGCGCUCGCAGGCUGCUCGCAGCCGUGCAGAGAAGGCGACAGCCCAGCUGCGGGGCUUCAUCCGUCGCAUCAAGGCCUUCCUGGCAGAGGAGGGAGCCGACCCGGGUAGCAUCGAGCUGGUGGCCCGGCAGGUGUUGAACAUCUCCCUGCCCAGCAGUCCCAGCAGGAUCCAAGAGCUGCUGCGGGAGAUGCAGGAGAGCAUUGGCCAACUGGAGGGGGUGGACGCGGUGCUGAACAGCACGGCGCAGGGGCUGGCUGCAGCGCGGGGGCUGCUGGCACAGGGACAGGAUGCCAGGGAGCGAGCGGAGGGCGUGAGGGAUGAGCUGGCGGGGACGCAGCAGGCACUGGAGGCAGCAAGGACACGGGCAACAGCAGUCGGGAGCGCCCUGCGGAGUGCCAGGGAUGCCAUCCGGGCGGCUGAGAGCAGAGCCAAGGAGGCGGAGCGCAGGCUGCAGGCACUGGAGGGGAAGGAGUCGCGGGUGCAGCGGCGGCUGCAGGAGCUGGCACAGCACAUCACCGCCCUGCAGGAGCGGGGUCGGGAUGCCCGCCGCGUGGCCCAGCAAGCCAAUGACAGGGCACAGCGUGCCACCAUCGCCUCGGGGAUGCUCAGUCAGGACCUGGCGCAGGUGACGCAGCGCUACGUGGUGCUGAAGGGCCGCGUGAGCGGGCUGGCAGGGGUGUCCAGUGGGGCUCUGCAGCGUGUGACGCAGCUGGCGGCAGAAGCCCAGGACCUCCUGGACAAGGCCAGCAGCAGCAAGAGGAAGCUGGAAGAGCUGGAGCAGCACUUCGGGGCCAACGAGCGGGCAAUGGAGGCCAAGGCGACGCGGCUGCAGGCGCUGGAGCAGCGUGUGUGGGGGCUGCUGGAGGAGAUCCGCGACAGAGCCAACGCUUACGCCACCUGCUAGAGCCCCGGGGCCGGGGGCUGCCCGCACCCUCCGCGGGCACCGGGAAAUAAAAGCGCUGAAGAGCUGCGGGUGUCCAGUGCUUCCCUCGUUCCGGCCCCCCCCCCCGCGCCCCCCGCUCCGGCCGGGAUCCGAACCGCGCUUUCCGCGCAGCCCCGAGCGCAGCGAGAGAG